AUGUUCAACCAAUUAAGAAUCGUCAACAAAGCCGUUAAGAUCAACGUACCCCAGGUAUGGCGAUUUGAGGACGAUGGCAGUUCCGACGAGUGGUCAGGUCAAAGACAUCUUUGCGAGCCUUUUAUCCAAGACUACCAAAAGUUCAACAGCAAUAGCGGAUGGAGCGACGACUCGGAUGCAUGGGCCGAGGUUAUGCAAGCCCUUAGUCACUUUAGCUACCACCUCUCGGGCGGCAACUACGUUCUAUGCGACCUCCAAGGCGGCAUAUACCAACACGAGGUCGUCCUCUCGGACCCCGUUAUUCUGUCCCGGAACCGGGAGUACGGUGUAACUGAUCUUGGCUCCGAUUGGUAUCAGCUCCUUCUUCAGUCAGCAUAA